UAAAACUCUCAUCAGCAAUCAAUUCAGUUCCGACCACAUGAAAUACCAACUAAACAAUUUUUUCUCUCAAAAUCAAACAAAGAAAGAAAAUACGAGUACCUGGAUUAAAUUGCACGCACACGAGGAGAUUAAAUUCACGCAAACGAGCGGAUAACAAGUGGCAAUAAAAAAAAAAUCACACUUGAACAAAUAAAAUGGAUAACUCUGUUUACCAGUACUGGAUGAUUCCAGCAAUCUACACGAUAAUAGUGGCGCUGGGGGCACCCCUGAACGGAUUGGCAGUCGUCAUGCUGAGCCGAAAGAAGAAGACCUCAACGUCAAUCUACCUGCUGACGCUCGCCAUGGUGGAUCUGUUCUACCUGCUCUUCUUGCCAUUCAAAAUCUACUACAACACCCAAAUGAAUAACUGGACCCUCCCCACAAUCCUGUGCCGUCUGUACGUCAUCUUCUUCUUCACCAACACCUACUUCACGCUCAUCAUGCUGGCCGUCAUCAGCGUCGACCGCUACCUGGCCAUCGUGCAUCCGCUGUGGAUCUCGCGUUGGCGUGAUCCGAGGACUGCGUGGCGCGUGUCUCUCGUGGUGAUGGUCGUAACGUCAAUCCACAACGUGCCCGUAAACUCUGUCACCGUUCUCAACUACGACAAUACCACCUAUGUCAACGGAGCGCCUGUCCUCCGGUGCUACGAGAUCUUCAGCAAACAAGAGUACGACUUGUUAAUCCCUUACAGGCUGUACAUCUUUUUUUCCCUCUAUCUUUUAUCGGUCCUCACGGUGUUAUUCGCCUACGGAAAUGUGCUCAAAGUACUCAUUAACAGUAAAGGCAAAACCGAGCUCGUGAGCCGCGAGAAAAAAAUGAGGGCGGCUAAGGUCACCGCUGUGAAUUUAUUCAUUUACGUGGUGUGUCUCACUCCGUUCAACUCCACCCACGUCGUGGGAUUCUUGCAGAGCAAAUCGACGACGUUUUCGGGACACACCAUCGCUUUGCUGCGAGACAUCACGCUCUGUCUCAACGCCCUCAACAGCCUCUUCGACGUGCUCAUCAUUUACAUCGCCACGCCUUCUCUUCGCAAAUGGCUGAUUAACGUUUUAAAGUGCAAAUUUAAGGAAAAUCAGGUUGCAGCCCUCAACAUAUCGGGGUAA